AUGACAAUAGGCAAUGCCACAGCGGUGCGAAGGGCAGGAUCCAAGAAGUUCCGACUACAGGGUGUGCGGCGAAAAUGCUCCAACGUUAGUGAACGAAGCCGGACUUCUGAGGACCAGGCAUCGAACAUUGAACAUGAUGAUGACGACGAGGAGGGAAAGUGUCAAACGCAAGAAGCAAUGCAGCUCCUUCCCUGCCAGAUCAAUGGCAUGGUGCUUGGCGGUUCAGAAAGCGAGACGCUGCAAUAUCGCACCAAGGUUCCAGAGUUCGAAGGCCUUGGUCGAGAACCAGAGGCCACGGCUAUCGGCACAGGAGACGACAAGCACCAGACCAGACUCAUGUGUACCGACUGA